AUGACGAUGUUCAGGAACUUAAAACUUCUUCUCUGGAAGAAUUUCAUUUUAAAGAAACGAAAGACUCUGGUAACAGUCCUUGAAAUCUUGAUGCCGUUACUGUUUUGUAUAGUUAUACUAUAUCUUCGUUUUGGUAGUUUGCCAAGAAAGAGACCUCCUGUAGACUACAGUGUAAUUGACAUCACUUCUCUGCCGGAAUUCUUCAAUCAAUUUCCUCUGAAAAUUCUAGGCUGCCCUUCAGUACCUUUGUUUGAAAAGUACAUAAUUCAAGAUCCCAAAGCUUUUUACGUAUUGACUGGGAUUGUUUUUGAUCAUAACUUCAAUGACAGCACGGAACCCUUGCCACUUGAGGUUGAGUACCACUUGCGCUUCAGUUUCUUUCAGAGGAAUUAUUUAUCUUUGAGUUUAAUCCUCCCUCAAGAUGACGUCCAGGGCUGGCUCACAUCCUUUCUUUAUCCUCCUAACCUAAGUCAAGAGCCCCGAGACUAUGGAGUUUCUGAAGGGGGAGCUCCAGGAUACUACCAAGAAGGCUUCCUGUCCAUACAGCAUGCGACAGAUAGAGCCAUCAUGUGGCACCACGCUCCCACUGAGACGACCGGGCUGUUUCAGAGCCUCAGUGUGCUUCUGAAGAGAUUCCCACACAGUGCCUAUGUCCGGGACAGCUUCUUCCUGGUCCUGCAGAAUGAGUUCCCUCUUUUCCUAAUGCUCAGCUUCAUCUGCAUUGAGCUCAUCACCAUCAAUUCCAUCGUACUGGAGAAGGAGAGGAAGCUGAAGGAGUAUAUGUGCAUGAUGGGGCUGCAAAACUGGCAACACUGGGUGGCUUGGUUCAUCGUGUUCUUUAUUUCUGCCUCCAUUGUUGUUUCUUUCAUGACCAUUCUCUUCUGCACAGAGAUUGAAGAAUCAGCAGUGUUUGGAAACAGUGACCCUAGUUUGAUAUUUGUGUUUCUAAUGUGUUUUGCAAUUGCCACAAUUUUCUUUGCAUUCAUGAUCAGCACUUUCUUCCAAAAAGCUCAUGUUGCCACCGCCUCAGGAGGCAUCAUCUUCUUCUUAACCUACCUCCCAUAUCUCUACCUUGCGUUCACAUACAGCCGAAGGAGCUCCUUCCAAAAGAUUGCCUUUUGCCUCCUCUCCAACGUUGCCAUGGCACUGGGAGUCCGAUUAAUCUCCACAUUUGAAAUAAGAGGCACAGGCAUCCAGUGGAGGAACAUGGGCAGUAUAGGAGGAGAGUUUAACUUCACUCAGGUGCUUCUGAUGCUGCUGCUAGACUCUGUCUUGUACGGCUUAGUGGCCUGGUAUGUGGAAGCCAUCUUCCCAGGAGAGUAUGGUACACCCAAGCCCUGGUACUUCUUCCUCAUGCCCUCCUACUGGUGGGGAGAACCUACAUCCCUUAGGAAACCUGUGCUAGACUUAGAGGAUCCUCAGCAAGCUCUGGGAAACAAGUUCAUUCAGAAUGAGCCUACCAAUUUGAUAAAAGGAAUUGAAAUCCAGCAUCUAUACAAGGUGUUCUACAAGGGAAAGGAUGAACUUAUGGCAGUCAAAGACCUGACCAUGAAUCUGUACCAGGGCCAGAUCACGGUGCUCCUAGGCCACAACGGAGCGGGCAAGACCACCACCUGCAGCAUUCUCACAGGACUUAUUACUCCUUCAAGUGGAAAGGCAUUUAUCAAUGGAUAUGAAAUUUCUCAAGACAUGCUUCAAAUCCGGAAGAGCAUGGGCUGGUGCCCCCAGCAUGAUAUCUUGUAUGAUAACUUGACUGUAGCAGAACAUCUUUAUUUCUAUGCUCAGCUGAAAGGCUUGCCACGUCAGAAGUGCCCUGAGGAGGUCAAACGCAUGCUGCACGUGCUCGGGCUGGAGGAGAAGCGGGACUCCCGGAGCAAGUUUCUGAGUGGCGGGAUGCGGCGCAAGCUCUCCAUCGGCAUCGCCCUCAUCGCGGGCUCCAAGGUGCUGAUGCUGGACGAGCCCACCUCGGGCGUGGACGCCAUCUCCAGGAGGGCCAUCUGGGACCUUCUGCAGCAGCACAAGAGCGACCGCACCAUCCUGCUGACCACCCACUUCAUGGACGAGGCCGACCUGCUGGGGGACCGCAUCGCUAUCAUGGCCAAGGGGGAGCUGCAGUGCUGCGGGUCGUCGCUGUUCCUCAAGGAGAAAUAUGGUGCAGGAUAUUAUAUAACUCUGGUGAGAAAACCACAUUGUGACUCAGAGAAGCUUUCUCUUCUGAUUUACCAGCACAUACCAUAUGCAGUCUUCCAGUCUAGCAUUGGAGAAGAACUAACAUUUAUACUUCCUAAAGAGAGCAUGCACAGGUUUGAAGCUCUGUUUACUGACUUGGAACUGAGGCAGGAAGAGCUGGGCAUUGCCAGCUUUGGGGCCUCUGUCACCACUAUGGAAGAAAUCUUCAUUCGGGUUAAUAAACUGAUGGAUUCCAACAUAGACUUGCAGAUCAUAAAGCUUCCUUCCUUCCAUUCUCAUCCACUCGUGAGCAGAGUUCCUGUCAACAGGAUUAGACGUCUUCAUUCAAGGAUUUUCUCAAUACCAUCCGGCCUACCCAUCCAUCCUAACACUGGGUUCAGCCUUCUCUGCCAACAGUUCUAUGCCAUGUUCUUGAAAAGGGCUACCUAUUCUUGGCGCAACUGGAUGAUGAUGCUGUCAAUACAGAUCCUGGUGCCUCUGGUCAUUCUUAGUAUCAGCCUCUCAUUCCUCACCUUCGAUAUAAGCAUGGACAACAGCCCAUUGGAGCUGACCCUAAAAGUAUAUGGUCAAACUAUUGUUCCAUUCUACAUUUCUCCAAACUCCAGGCUGGGUCCACAGUUUGUAGAACGUUUGACAGAUGUGCUUGUGGCUGAGGGCCAGAUUCCUCUGGAGCUGCAAAGCCCAGUGGAAGCAUUCCUCCUGGAAAAGUUAGAGGAGGAGCCCGAGGUCUUUGACCAGAACUACCUGGUGGCCAUUUCUUUUGACGACAUGGGGAACCACACCAUCGUGACAGCGCUGUUCAACAACCAGGCGUACCAUUCCGUGGCCCAGGUGCUGGCGUUGGUGGAUAACGUCCUGUUCAAGUUGCUUUCUGGGCCCCGGGCAUCCAUAACGGUCCUGAACCACCCUCAGCCUCAGUCAAGCAUGGAGACCGCAGAGGACAUCUUGUAUGAGGGCCCUAAAGGACAUUAUCUUGUCAUCAACUUGCUUUUUGGAAUGGCUUUCCUUUCGAGUUCCUUUUCCAUCUUGACAGUCAAGGAGAGAGGCCUCAAGGCCAAGCAGGUCCAGUUCAUCAGCGGCGUCCACGUGGCUACAUUCUGGCUCUCCUCUCUGCUAUGGGACCUCCUGUCCUUCCUUGUUCCCAGCCUGCUGCUGCUGGUGGUGUUUCUAUACUUCAAUGAGGAAGCUUUUACACACAAGGAGAAUGUCCCAGCUGUCUUCUUGAUGCUGAUGCUCUAUGCCUGGGCCAUCAUCCCCUUCAUCUACCUGACCAGCUUCUGCUUUGACAAUGCGGGGAACGCCUGUGUCAAACUCAUCAUCAUGCUGACCUUUCUGAGCAUUGGCCCCUUUGUUCUUGUCUCAGUCACAAGUGAAAAAGAACUUGGCUACACAACAAUCUCAGACUCCCUGGAUGACAUGUUCCUACUACUUCCAGGCCAUUGCCUGGGGAUGGCUUUAUCCAACCUGUACUACAACUUUGAACUGCAGAAGUUUUGCAAGGCCAAGAGCUUAGACUAUGUUGAGUGCAGUAAAGUUUCAGAGGGCUAUGUGGUCCAGGAGGACAUCUAUGCCUGGAAGUCUCUCGGGAUGGGGAAGUACCUGACAGCCCUCGCCAUCUCAGGGCUCGUGUACCUCAUCCUGCUUUUCCUCAUUGAAACCAAUGUCUUAUGGGAACUGAAAGCCAGGUUUUCUGGCCUCUACUGGAAGCAAAAAUUGGUUGUUUUACAGAAUGCUGAGUCUGUGCCUGGAGACCAAGAUGUGGAAGAGGAAGCAAACAUGAUCAAGAACUCUUGGGAAGAUCUGUGUAAGAAAAACCCACUGGUCCUUAAAGAACUAUCUAAGGUCUAUUCCAGGAAGGUGCCUCCACUGGCUGUGAACAAGGUUUCCUUCACUGUUCAAGCAGAGGAGUGCUUUGGUCUUCUUGGCCUCAAUGGAGCCGGGAAAACCACCAUUUUCAAGAUACUGACUGGGGAAGAGUCUAUCACCUCUGGGGACGCCUUUGUCAACAGCAUCAGCCUCAGCUCUGACUUGAGGAAGGUGCGACAGUGGAUCGGCUACUGUCCCCAGGUUGAUGCCCUGCUGGACCACAUGACGGGCAAGGAGACGCUGGUCAUGUUCUCCCGGCUCCGGGGUAUCCCUGAGCGUCACAUCAGCUCCUGUGUGGACCAAAUUCUUGAUGACUUGCUCAUGUACACGUACGCCGACAAAUUGGUGAGGACCUACAGCGGCGGCAACAGGCGGAAGCUGAGUGCUGGCAUUGCCCUGCUGGGAGAGCCUGUGGUCAUCUUCCUGGACGAGCCAUCCACUGGCAUGGACCCUGUGGCCCGGCGUCUGCUCUGGGGCACUGUGGCACGGGCCCGAAAGUCCGGCAAGGCCAUCAUCAUCACCUCCCACAGCAUGGAGGAGUGUGAAGCCUUGUGCACCCGGCUGGCCAUCAUGGUGCAGGGUCAGUUCAAGUGCCUGGGCAGCCCACAGCACCUCAAGAGCAAGUUUGGCAGCGGCUACUCCCUACGGGCCAAGAUCCGGAGUGACGGGCAGCAGGAGACACUGGAGGAGUUCAAGGCGUUCGUGGGCCUGACCUUCCCAGGCAGCGUCCUGGAGGAUGAGCACCAAGGGAUGGUCCAUUACCACCUGCCCGGCGAUGACCUCAGCUGGGCAAAGGUGUUCGGCAUUAUGGAGCAAGCCAAGACGAAGUACAUGUUGGAGGACUACUCAGUCAACCAGAUCUCCCUGGAGGACAUCUUCCUGAGCUUCAGCUGCCCUGUGCCCCCUGCCCAAGGGAGUAACAGACAAGAGAGGGCCAAGCCCGCAGACCCCGCGUCUCCCGGUCGACUUCUCUCUCCCUCUUCUUCCCAGCAACUGUCUCCACCUCCCACUCCACCCCCUACUCCAUGUUCCUCCCAGCAUUUCUCCCAGCCUCUCUCCUGGCCUCCCACUCCAAUUCCCUUCAGGUCUUCAUCCCAGCCACCGUCUCUGCCUCGCUCUCCACCUGCCUCCCAGCCUCCCUCGCCACAUCCCUCAAAGACUGCCUUGCUAUAAUAAAGA